AUGGAUAAUGAUGUGAAUAAAAAUGAAGAACAAUUUAUGGCUUCAGAGGAAGAGAGCGUGAACUCUGAGUUUGAGGAUGAGAUUUCCAAAAAACUAAUCCCGUUUGAAAGUAACUUGGAGUUGGAUGAAACACAACUACCAGAGGAAACAAGAGAAAUAAUUAACCAAAAUACUAGGGAAUUACUAAGAAAUAUAAGCUUUAGUAACUCCGGUGGUUUAAGAGGAGCCAUAGAGCGUUCUUAUUUAAUUAGACAGCGAUCACUAUCUCACACUAAAGAAGAAAUAGUGGAUGCUUAUAAACAAAGAGCAAGAUUAGCUGCAAUGGUAUCUAGAAGACGUGUAACAUUACAACAUGUAAAAGCUCAGUUUGAAGCAGUUGCAAAGUUUAAAAGAAAACUCAUACAUAAAGAUAAGGGUGAUUUUGAUGAGAAUACUAUUCCUACCAAAUCAAAAACUGAGCACUAUGAUGAGCCAAAAGAAGACUUCAAUGCAAGCUUCGAGGCUUCUAUUCCACUCCGGAGGGAAUCAUCCACAUCUUUAGUACCAGUUAGAUUUGGGAGUAUGUCUAUUUCUGAUACACUCGCUCUGCAACAACUUGCAAACAUGAAAAUAGGUUCUUCUGGAGAUGAAUAG